AUGGGCGCUAAGGAGGGAACAGACCCCAAGAUCCUAGAGCUUGUGAGCUCUAUCGAGAACAAGCCGUCUUGCGAGAACUAUGAGCGCAUGGUCUCAGGCAUGAUGUAUGACCCUCUUGACCCUAUCUUCAACCAAGACCGCCACAGAGCCCGCUGCCUCGCGCGCGACUUCAACGAGAUCGACCACCGCCAGAACACCCUCCAGGAGGUGGGCAAGAAGAAGGAAGAGAUUCUGCAGCACCUUCUGGACAAAUUCGGCGAACAGUCAUUCAUCGAGGCCCCUUUAUUAGUCGAUUACGGCUGCAACGUCAUAUUUAACUCCAAGUCCUUUGCCAACUUCAACCUGACCAUUCUCGACGUCGGUCUCGUCACUAUUGGCAACUGUGUUCAACUCGGUCCCAAUGUCAGCAUCUACAGCGCAGCCCAGAACACGAGCAUUCUUUCCCGAAUGAAGUGCGAGGAAUAUGGCCUGCCGGCGACCAUCGAAGAUGAUUGCUGGAUCGGUGGCGGUACAAUCAUUCUGGCUGGUGUCACCAUAGGAUCAGGCACGACUAUUGGUGCGGGCUUCAUUGUGACAAAGAGCUUGCCGCCUCAUUCGGUGGCGGUGGGCAACCUUGCCAGGGUCACCAAGAAGGUGCGAACACUGGAGAAGGAGAUGGUGAUUUCGAACAAAUGCAUCAAAGAGUAA